UACAGAAAAACACGUACAGUGUUUUCAGUGUGAAAAAUGUUUGACUCCAAAUUCUUUACAACUUCCUGAGCAAUUAAAUCUACUUUGUGACAAAUUCUGGCAUUUAGAUCAACAUAAGAAUGUGUCAGCGAGGCUUGAAUGUCAGUUGACAGGAAUUACUAACCAAAGUAAUGACUCAUGGGCCAAGUAUAAUCAUCAUGUAACUCCUAAUGAUGGUCACAUAAGUAAUUGUUUUCUGGAGAAUUGUUACAAAAAUGGUAGAUGUAUGGAUGUCUCUGGUCAGUGCACACUAUCUCCUUUCCACCAGCAGGACCAAAGCCAAGAGAAUUUAUCCGAAAAUAAGCAGCAGGAUGAAAUUUUAAAGGGGUUAUCAAAUUGUCCUUGUACUGAAACUAGGAUUACAGGAGAAUUUUACAGACAGGAAUGUGAUAAGUACAGUAAAGUCUCAGUUGAAUCAUCUAACAUAGAGAAGGAUAAUAUAAAUGAUAUUAGAAGAAAACCAUGCCUGUUUAUUGGAGGUAAUAAUUCCUUCAAUUUCCAUUUAAAUGUUCAAAAUGAGUCAAUCCAUACUGGAGAAAAACCUCAGAAAUAUGAAGUAUACAGACCAGAGUUUACCCCUCCUUCAAAUUUUACAGGGCAUUCAAGAUUUUUUGUUGGUCAAAAAUAUAAGAAAUCUGGGAAAUGCUCCAGAUCUUCAGGCCUCAGGAUUAAGAUGCUUCCUAGUGGAGAAAAAGCAUGCAAAUUUACAGAAUGUGGAAAGUCCUUUCCCCAGUUCUCAGGCCUUAGAAAGCAUUAUACAAACCAUACUGAGGAGAAACGUUACAAAUGUAAAGUAUGUGAAAGGACUUUUUGCACAGGAUCAUAUCUACAAAUUCAUCAUAGAAUCCAUACUGGAGAAAAACCAUACAGAUGUAAAGAAUGUGGCAAGUCCUUUACUCAUGCUUCUUCUCUUCAAGUUCAUUACAGAGUGCAUACUGGAGAGAAACCUUACAAAUGUACAGAUUGUGGAAGGUCCUUUACCCUGCGCACACAUCUUCAGAACCACCACAGAGUGCAUACUGGAGAGAAACCUUACAAAUGUAAAGAAUGUGGAAAGUUAUUUGCCAAAGGAUCAAAUCUUCAAGAUCAUCAGAGAAUUCAUACUGGAGAGAAACCUUACAAAUGUACAGAUUGUGGCAAGUCCUUUACCCUGAGCACACAUCUUCAGAACCACUACAGAGUCCAUACUGGCGAGAAACCUUACAAAUGUAAAGAAUGUGGAAAGUCCUUCGCCAAAGGAUCAAACCUUCGAGCUCAUCACAGAAUACAUACUGGAGAGAAACCUUACAAAUGUACAGAUUGUGGCAAAUCCUUUACAAACAGCUCAAGUCUUCGAAAACAUCACAGAACCCAUACUGGAGAGAAAUCUUACAAAUGUAAUGAGUGUGGCAAGUCCUUUGCUUGGGGUGCCUAUCUUAAAACUCACUACAAAAUGCAUAGUAGAAAGAAACCUUAUAAAUGUAAUGAAUGUGGCAAGUGUUUUGCUGAGGGCUCAGCUCUUGAAACCCACCACAGACUCCAUAGUGGAGAGAAACCUUUCAUAUGUACAGAUUGUGGUAAGUCCUAUUCCUUUAGCUCAUCUCUUCGAAGACAUCGCAAGACCCAUACAGGAGAGAAAUCUUAUAAAUGUAAAGACUGUGGCAAGUCCUUUUCUCAGGACUCACAACUUCAGACUCAUCUAAGAAUACAUAGGAGACUGAAACCUUACAAAUGUAACGAGUGUGUAAAGUCUUUUACCAAAAGAGCAUAUCUUCAAGUUCAUUGCAGAAUCCAUACUGGAGAGAAACCAUUCAAAUGUAAAGCAUGUGGCAAAUCCUUUACCAGGGACUCAACUCUUCAAGUUCAUCAUAGAAUCCACACUGGAGAGAAACCUUACAAAUGUACAGAUUGUGGCAAGACCUUUACCCAGCACUCACAUCUCCAAAGUCACUACAGAAUCCAUACAGGAGAAAAACUUUACAAAUGCAAAGGCUAUGACAAGUCUUUUGCUGUGGGCUCAACUCUUCAAAAACAUCAAAAAAUCCAUUCAUGAGAAAACCUUUAUAAAUGUUCAAAUUCCAUUACCUGGUUUUCAAACCCCUUAUUUAUUUAUUUAUUUAUUUAUUUAUUUAUUUAUUUAUUUUACUUUUUUGGUUUUUGAGACAGAGUUUAAAGCCUGUCAUGGAACAAGCUCUUAUAGACCAGACCGGCCUUGAACUCACAGAGAUCUCCAUAUCUCUGCCUCCCAAGUGCCGAGAUUAAAGGUGUGUGCCACCACUGCCUGACUCUGGUUUUCAAAUCUUAAGUAUCACCAUGGAAUCCAUAGUGGACACAAACCUUAGAGAUGUAAAGAGUGUUUGAAAUCCAUUACCACAAUUCUAAAUUUAGAACACAUAAGAUUUAGGUAAGAGACAGAUUCAAGCAUAAUGCUAACCCACUGUUCACCCAAGAAAAAUGAUCUUUAGCAUGAGUAGAAUAGAAAGAAGCUUCUAACCAAUGUUCAAACCUUAACAUCAGAGAGUAACACCAGGAAAAUCUACACUUGUAUGAAUUUGAAAACAUUUUACCCGGAAAUAAACCUUAUAUUCAUUCUUGUAUUUUGAAUGUAAAUGACUCUCACUGGCACAUAGGGAGUGACAGUAUUAAGUGGUGUGUCCUUGUGGGAAGAAGUGUAUCACUGUUUCAAAUGCUCCAGGUUGGCUCAGUGUCUCUCUUCCUGCUGUCUGCUGAUAUGGAUGUAGAACUCAGCUACCUCUCUACCACAGUACUGCCAUGUUUCCUGUCAUGAUGAUAAUGAACAAUACCCCUGGAAAUGUAAGCCAUCCCCAAUUAAAUGUUUUCCUUUAUAAGAGUUACUGUGGUCACUGUGUCUCUUCACAGCAAUAGAAAUUCCACCUAAGUCAUCCACUAAGCAAUUUCUUUGAAAAUAGGCGGUAUAUGUUCUAAUGCUCAUAUAGAAGUAAGUCUGAAAUCAAUUGUUAAUGGUUUAGAACUUAUAAUUUAAGGUAUUAAAACUUGUACCAGAAUAAGAUUUCUGGUAACUAAAGUCAAGCUUGCAUUUUUUUGUAUAUUCGAGUUGAACACUGUAUUUUCAUUUGUAGCAUAUAUUUCAGUGUAAAGAUUACUGUGCUGAUAGUAUUUGAUCUUUAAUUAUAUCUUACAGAUUGUUUAUGACAUUAAAUUAACUCUUGUCUAUAUUCCUAAUUAGUAAAUUAAA